AUGAAACCUACUGUUAGCUACUUUCGAGUAUUUGGUUGUGUCUGCUACGUAUUUGUACCUAGUCAUUUACGUAGCAAGUUUGACAAGAAAGCAGUCAGGUGUAUAUUUGUUGGAUAUGACAAUCAAAGAAAAGGAUGGAGGUGUUGUGAUCCAACAAGCGGAAGAUGCUACACUUCAAGAGAUGUAGUGUUCGAUGAAGCAUCUUCAUGGUGGUCCUUAGAGAAGAAAGUAUUACCAGACUCGGAAAAUAUUGAAGAAGUUUUAAAACAAAAGAUGGGGGAGCAAACUGCACACAUUUGGUCAAGUGUUGAUACACCUGAAGAUCCGAGCGACACUGAUGUCAUUGAGCAAGAAGUAACUCAAACAAGUAAUGCCGGUGAAAGGGAGACGCCGCCUCCACAACUUCGAAGGACGGAAAGAAUCCGAAAGCCUAAUCCCAAAGUCGUGUUCAACACUCAAGACUUGUUGCAACUCAACAUCCUUUCCAUUUUCAACGUGUCAUUCAACCAUCUUGAUGGACGCAUACCACAAGGGAAUCAAUUUGCUACAUUUGAGAACGACUCCUACAUGGGGAAUCUACAAUUGUGUGGAAGACCUUUAUCCGAGGAAUGUCAAAGUUCAAAGGCAUCAAGGCUUCCCCCAACAAGCAAUACGUAUGAGUCUGAGUCUCUACUCCCAAACGAAAUAAUUGAUUGGAUAUUCGUAUCCUGUGGAGUUGGAAGUGGAUUGGUUUUUGGGAUUUUUAUUGGGAACUUUCUAUAUGAAAGGUAUCGUGAUCGGUUCACAAAGAGGAAGGACAGAUGGAUAAGGAGGCCACUUCAUAGCACAUGGAGAAACCAAGGUACCAUAAUUCCUUUAAUAAUCUUACACCUUCAUAGCAACUUUGAAGACAAUAAUUUGUGUUGUGCGUGGGGUCUCAACCCUCAACCAAAUUGA